AUGUUGCCCCAUGAGCUUACCAAUCAUGUGUUCCUGCAACACAUGAUGGCGUCUCUUGAUGCCCUUGCCCAUGACGCCAAGCAACGGUCAUUUUUCCAUCAGGUCGAGAGCUCGCGUCAGUUUCGCAGAGUCGUUCCCAUCGUUACAGAAACUAACUGGCUUGCCUCCAUGAUCUUCGGCAUCGGGCUGAUGUCGUUUCACUUCCAAACAGCUCGAAUAAUGCAGCCCGAAUCCAACAACCCCGAUCCCUUCAAAGCGCUACUCGUCCUGCGUUACUCGGCUCCGUUGGCAAAAGCAAUCGGACCAUGGUUUAUGAAUAGUAUGCUUCCGUCCAUGAUCCGCCGCAAUAAUGAAGCUUCAUUACCCCUUGAUGAGAGAGACGACAUGGCCAUUCUCAACCUCCAUACGCUUCUAGAUGGGGAUAUUCUUAGUUUGUCGACCAACGCGCACGCCGUAUGCGAGCAUGCUAUUCAUGCUUUGUACCAAUGGCUGUUUGUCACUUCUGGGCGGCCUCGGACAUGGCGCGACUUCAUCGAGUGGCCAGCAGCUAUUAGCGAUGAGUUUCUAGUUCUCGCGCAACAACAGAAGCAUCCGGCCGCUGUGAUUAUCCUCAUACACUGGUGUGCCGUGAUGAGCAACGCGCCUAAGACUUGGUUUAUGGGCGGUUGGGCUGUCGCGGCAGCGUUACAGGCCAUGUCGUGGCUGGACGAGUCUUGGAGACAGAGCCCUGGAAUGGUCUGGGCAAGGGAAAAUCUAGAUCAAACCUACAAAUCAGUGUAUAAUGCCACAUCAUACUCGUUCAGUAGCGAUAUCCCCCACCCCACGGAGCAAAUUGAUCACCCUUCUCGCUUCGCCCUCGAGCUCUUUGCACAGAAGUUCCAAGCGGCGAGACUCUUCGGAUCGAGAACACCGUCUCUGAUCCGCCGCCAGAGCCUCCAAAAGGCGUAUGAAUGGCUGGACAAGCUCGAGGUCGGUUUGCGCAUCCGGCGAAAGAGGAUUCUGGGACACAUGUACAAGGAGGCUGGAAGCCGCAGCAAAGAGUGGAUGAAUAAGAAUCCUGCAGCAGGUCAGAAAAUCAAAGCCCAAUGUCGUUAA